AUCUCGGAAUCGUAAUCCACCAGGUGCACCAGCAGUUCCAUCGACAGGAGCUGUGGUACCAAUAGUUAACAAAAUACAUAAAAGGCCCACCGGAAAUGAGAAGAAACGCAUCAGAUAAACACACACAUACAUAAACAGGUACACUCCACAUAUUGAAUUCGCACAAUUAAAUCCUUCGAUUCGAAUCGUGAUUAGCAAUACUUAACGCGUUAAAGCUGGCAGAUCGUCUCCAUCCUUUCCCCCUGGAGGGAAGCAAUAGCAGUGCGCAUUACACUAGAAGCUAAAAACCAAUUAACUCGAGUAAAUGUAAAAGAAGUAGUUAAUCAAUCGGAAGGAGGAGCAAGGAGAGCUGGAUGCAAACUCCACUCGCUCAGGCGAUAAAUCGUAAACGAGCAGCGACAAGUUGCAAUCCCGUUGCACCUUGAUGCAUCAUUUGCAUCUCCCGCUGGAGUCCGGCCUCUCGAAACCCCUACCCAGAACAGUAUUUUCAACCUUUCUUUCGUGUAAGUUUUUCCUCGGUUUUCCCAAGGGAUCGAACAGGGGAAAUUAUCUUUAUUUCCCAAUCGACUAACGACGACGAAGAGGGCGACAGCAUAAAAACAGUGAAAAUCCAACUGUUCGACAUUUAUCUUUUCUCGCGCGACGUGCUGCUUCCCAUGACCUGCCCCAAGAAGGGGUUUUUUUUUGUUUUGGAAAGGGUGCCCUUCUCCGGGCCAUCCGGGACCGCCGAAGCGCGUUUCUGGUAAAUGUUCGUUUAACCAUUUAACGAAACAGUAAAUCAAACGCGCCACACAGAAGCAGCGUCGUUAUGGAGGAUGUUUGUGCUGCUCCAAACUCGGGAUUCCCGCGUUCCGCUAUGUAAACAUGUUAAUGUUGUCUACUCCAUUUCCCUUACUUUUUUCUGUUAUUGUAGUUCACCGACCGAACAGUGUAAUUGUGAUUCUAAGUCAAACCAAAUCAUAUUGCUGCCCUUCGUUCGUUAUAUCCUUCCCCUUACACACUCUUAGAUGGAAUUGGAAAAGAACCCGGAGAAAUGAAGUGAAAGAUGAUCGAAGAACAUUAUCAAAGAACGUAAUAGUUAAGCCAAAUUAAGAAUUCGAAUUGAAAGUAGAAAACGACCGCUGCAUUAGACUGCCGUUUGUCGCGCGGCGAAAAGCGCAUUUCUGAUCCUUAUACACAGCAUAAUAAGCAUGUAGCAGUAAGGAGGGAUUUGUGCCGAAAGUAGCUAGAGAGCUUAGUGCCGAGCAGAACUGGCAGAUGCAGCUGCAUGCAUCAUGCUGCAUGCAAACCGAAAUGCAAUAAAGUAUACACAAACACUCUUUCUUCUAUCAAUUAUUAUCAGCGCGAAAACAUUGUAACCGCGAAGAGGGAUAGAAGAGAAGGAAGAAAAUGAAAUAUAACAAAACAGAGG